AUGGUAGAUCUACAUGCUGGUUCCCUUUUAAGUAAAUUUCCAGAUCUUAGUAGAAUGAAAUAUAAUAAUAUGACAGUAGACUUUGACGAAAGCCUUAUAGAGAGUUUACUUCUAAAACAACUAUUUUCAAUAGAUAGAAAUAUUUCUUUUCCCUUAGAAUAUUUAAAUGAAACAUCUCUAAAUAAUCUUUUUAAGAAACUCCAAGAUUUAUCAGGAAUCACGGAGACUAUCUUUAAAGAGAAUCAAAUUUUGCAAGAGUCUAAGAUAUUAAAUAAAUCAAUAUCAGAAAUUCAAAAUAGUGCUAAACAAAUUACAACGUCUGCAUGGUCAUUUAUACAAGGAUUGGUCGUUGGACAGUUAAGUAUUGUCAUUUUAUUGAUAUUUUUUAUUAAAUUUUUCAUAUUCGCAGAUGUUAAGGAGAAAGAUAAUAAUCCAUCUAUUCCAAAGAAUUCUGUUUCAUUUAGAAGGCAUGGUUUAAACGACGCACAACGAAAUAGCAAUUUAACUUCAACUUUAACAAAUUCUUUGAUUUCUUUUUCCACCAUAUUGAAAAGAGGGGGUGAAGAAGUGAAGACUAUCACUGAUAAAAGCGGUAAUAUCCAGGAAAAUGAAACAUCGGAAAGGUCGGUUCAAAUUAAUAAUAUUUUAACUAAAACUUCUUAUGAUGUUAAUUUACAUAAAUCAGAAUCCCUGGACUGGUUUAAUGUCCUGAUUGCACAAAUUAUAGAACAAUUUAGGGAAGAAGCUGUCAGUAAAAACAAUAUUUUGAUGUCUUUAAAUAAGUUCUUUACAAACAACUUUAUCACAUUCCCAGAUUAUUUGGAUACAAUAAAAGUAACUGAGCUUGAUAUUGGUAAUAAUUUUCCUAUAUUUUCAAAUUGCAGAAUUGAAAAUGAAAAACAACAAUUAGAAGCAAAAAUAGAUAUUGAUUUAAAAGAUAGACUUGCAUUGGGGAUUGAAACAAAACUAUUAUUGAAUUUUCCCAAAAAAGCAUUUGCAGCGUUACCAAUCAGUUUAACAGUGGCUGUGGUUAGAUUUCACGGAUCACUAACAGUUUCCUUAACAAGAGCUGAUGAGUUUAUACAUCCAUUAGAAGAGAAAAAUACAAAUCAAAUGAAAGCAGAGGUUGAAGACGAAAAUAAUAAUGGAUAUUUUUUGAUUUUUUCUUUUUCUCCUGAGUAUGUAUUAGAAUUUGAAACGACAUCUUUAAUUGGUACUAGAUCAAAAUUAGAAAAUACACCGAAGGUGGCAAGUUUGAUCGAAUAUCAGAUAAAAAAAUGGUUUGUUGAAAGAUGUGUUGAGCCCAGAUUUCAAUUCAUUAAGCUGCCCAGCAUAUGGCCCAGGAGUAAGAAUGUAAGAGAAGAAAAAAAUGACAACAAUUCAUAA